AUGACCCCUAGCAUCCUUGUCGUCCUUACAUCCCACGAUGAGAUCCCCGGCGUGGGACCCACGGGCUGGUAUCUGCCUGAAUUCGCUCACCCCUGGGAGGUUUUGCACAAGAAGGCCUCUUUGACUAUCGCUUCCCCAAAGGGCGGUAAGGCCCCACUAGACCCGGGUUCUGCGAAGAUGUUCGCAGAGGAUCCCGUUUCGAAGAAUUUCCUUGAGACACAGGAGGGUAUUUGGGCGAAUACUCACAAGCUUGUGGAUGUGUUGCCUCGUGCUGGCGAGUUUGAUGCUAUUUUCUACGUCGGUGGACAUGGCCCCAUGUUCGACUUGACAAACGAUCCUACCUCUAUUAAGCUGAUUGAGACUUUCGCUGCGGCUAAGAAGCCUGUUGCGGCUGUCUGCCACGGCCCCUGCGUGCUUCUCAACACCAAGAAUGCUGCUGGCGAGGCGCUUAUUGCUGGUGCGGAGGUGACUGGGUUCUCGAAUGUGGAGGAGGAUCAGGUGCAGCUCUCUGCUGCCAUGCCUUUUAUGCUGGAGACGGAGUUGCAGCGCGUUGGAGGCAAGUAUGUCAAGGCUGAUGAGCCUUGGGGUGCUAAGGUUGUUAGCACCAAGUCGAAUGGACUUGGAGGCGCUUUGAUUACGGGACAGAACCCUGCUUCGGCUACUGGGGUUGGUGAGGCUAUCCUGAAGGCUUUGGGACUUUAG